AUGCACAGUAGCACUGGGAACGUCGUGCCGAUCAUGGUCCCGGCUGCAGCUGAAGGCACCAAGGCCGCGACCACCGGCAACAGUCCUCAAGAAAUCUCAACGCAGAUGGAAAAGGGAUCGAUGUUGCACACUCCUACGACUCCCACCACGCCCGACCGUCCACUCGUCACUGGCACGUCGGUCCGGAUGUCUGUGCCUCUCGACGCGCCCUCUCUCAAGAGGGCCAUGCCCGUCUACGACUCCGACCGCAAGAUUGCUCGUCGUGAUAGUAUGGACCGAAGAGAAGCACUGCUCAAGGGUAAGGAGGGUUCACGUCAGCGGAGACGAUGGGAGAAUGAUCGCCUGAUCUCGAACCCCUGGGCCGUGCCACCUCUACCAUCGGACUGGGAAGUGCGCCCUACAUAUCCGCGGCGCACCGUCCCCUACUAUCUCGCCCCCCUCUGGGAUGCGGCCGAGUUUCAGCGAGCGGUCGAGGCCAAAUUGAAGGGGCGCAAAAACAGCACAAGAGCCCGCGGCAAUAACACUGGCAUGAGUCCGAUGGAAGAAGCCGCGACGAACAUCCCGAAAGAAGUUCGUGCCAGGCUAAAGCGUGCCAGGGCUGCCAAGGGCAUGCUCCAGGACCUGGAAGAGACUGUCCGUGCCUUUGUGCAGAAGUGGAAUGAGAGGGAAGCCCGCUUACGCGAAGAAGGUCUAGAUGAUGUGCCCUUGACAAGCGACAGUGAGGAGGAUGAAGAGAUCGUCUUCAUUGGAAGGAACGGGGCCAUGCACGAUUCACCCGGCCGGAAGGAAAGGCAGAAGGAAGAAGGGUGGGAUGAUGGGACGAUCAGUACAGAAAAGAUGAUUUUCGAGGGUCUCGACAACGAUAAGGGGGCUGCUUUUGCUCGCUGGCUCGUCCAUUGUGUGGGGAGCUAUUACGGCUUGAGAACGUGGAGUAUCACCAAAGAUGUGCAGGGCGAAGCCAGAAGGAGAGAAGCGUAUGUUGGCGUAGACCGUAGAGCCAGAGGCUUCAUGGGUCGAGCCGUCGAGGUUGGUCCUCGGGACAUCGAACUGCCCCGGCCCUUGUGGGGGAUGGUCUGA